AUGGAGCGCAAACAACAUUCAAGUCUGCAUGGUUCCUUUAGAAGCAAAGAUUCAUCAUCUACUACUGGGAGUGAUCCUCGGGAGAAAAUAAAAGAUUGUCUCAGAAAAUUCAUUGCAUUUAUGUUUACACAAGUGGGUGUUGGUGCGCUUGUCGUUUGCUAUGCAAUAUUGGGUGCUGCUGGUUUUAUGCAUAUAGAAAAGGACAAUCCAGAUGAACAGUUACAAAAUGUUAGAGAGUGGAGAAAAAACUGCGCAGAAGAGCUAUGGAACAUCACAGUGAGCAAUAAUAUAUUUAAUGAAAGUGUUUGGGAGCAGAAUAUAAACAGAGUGUUGAAGGUUUUUCAAAAUAAUAUAACAUCUGCUGUACAUACAGGCUAUAAUGGCAGAUCAGCAGAGGAUAUCUGGUCAUUCCCUGCUGCACUCAUGUACUCAUUAUCUGUUUUUACGAUGAUUGGUUAUGGGAAUAUUGUGCCUAAAACUGUUUGGGGUAAAAUUGUCACAAUAGCUUAUGCAUGUUUUGGUAUACCAAUAUAUGUUCUGUAUUUUUGUAAUAUGGGAAAGGUGCUUGCCCAAUCAUUUAAAUGGCUUUACAUAACAGCCCAUGAAUGCAGCCGAAGAGAAGAUGCGUUGGUUGAUGAGGGAGAAAUUCAACCAAUUAAAAAGAAAAUUACUGUACCAUCUACAGCAUGUCUUUGGGUCAUAUCUUUUUACAUUUUAACGGGAACAAUUAUGUUUGGAGCUUGGGAAAAGUGGAACUAUUUAGAUUCAACAUACUUCUGUGUUAUAAGUCUAUGCAAGAUUGGUUUCGGUGAUUUUGUCCAGGAGCAAACAUUACGGACUCAGCAGGUGGCUCACAUCUGA